UACUGUUUUAGGUAUCGUCAGAUUCUGGAAAAAGCCAUCCAGUUAUCUGGGACAGAACAACUAGAAGCUUUGAAAGCUUUUGUGGAAGCGAUGGUGAAUGAGAACGUCAGUCUUGUGAUCUCACGGCAACUGCUGACAGAUUUCUGCACACACCUCCCUAACCUGCCGGACAGCACAGCCAAGGAGAUCUAUCACUUCACCUUGGAGAAGAUCCAGCCUCGAGUCAUUUCCUUUGAGGAACAGGUUGCUUCCAUAAGACAGCAUCUUGCCUCCAUCUAUGAGAAAGAAGAAGACUGGAGAAAUGCAGCCCAAGUGUUGGUGGGGAUUCCUCUGGAAACAGGACAAAAACAGUACAAUGUAGAUUAUAAACUGGAGACUUACCUGAAGAUUGCUAGGCUGUAUCUGGAGGAUGAUGAUCCUGUUCAGGCUGAGGCCUAUAUAAAUCGAGCAUCCCUGCUUCAGAAUGAAUCCACCAAUGAACAGUUACAAAUACAUUAUAAGGUAUGCUAUGCACGUGUCCUUGAUUACAGAAGAAAAUUUAUUGAAGCUGCCCAAAGAUACAACGAACUCUCUUACAAGACCAUCGUCCACGAGAGCGAGAGGCUCGAGGCCUUGAAGCACGCCCUGCACUGCACCAUCUUGGCAUCGGCAGGACAGCAACGUUCUCGGAUGCUCGCUACUCUUUUUAAGGAUGAACGGUGCCAGCAGCUCGCUGCAUAUGGGAUCCUAGAGAAAAUGUACCUAGACAGAAUCAUCCGAGGGAACCAGCUUCAAGAGUUUGCUGCAAUGCUGAUGCCUCACCAGAAAGCAACUACAGCCGACGGUUCCAGCAUCUUGGACAGAGCUGUUAUUGAGCAUAAUUUGUUGUCAGCAAGCAAAUUAUAUAACAAUAUCACAUUUGAAGAACUUGGAGCGCUUUUAGAGAUCCCUGCAGCUAAGGCAGAAAAGAUAGCAUCUCAAAUGAUAACAGAAGGACGUAUGAAUGGAUUUAUUGACCAGAUGAUGGAAAGUUCAUUUGAAAGUUCCAGCAUCUUGGACAGAGCUGUUAUUGAGCAUAAUUUGUUGUCAGCAAGCAAAUUAUAUAACAAUAUCACAUUUGAAGAACUUGGAGCGCUUUUAGAGAUCCCUGCAGCUAAGGCAGAAAAGAUAGCAUCUCAAAUGAUAACAGAAGGACGUAUGAAUGGAUUUAUUGACCAGAUUGAUGGAAUAGUUCAUUUUGAAACACGAGAAGCCCUGCCAACAUGGGACAAGCAGAUCCAAUCACUUUGUUUCCAAGUAAACAACCUUCUAGAGAAGAUUAGUCAGACAGCCCCGGAGUGGACGGCACAGGCCAUGGAGGCCCAGAUGGCCCAGUGAGCCCUUGCCGAGCGAGCGAGCUCUGUGCACGCUGCAGCAUAGCCACUUGGUGCGGGCUGACUUCACUGCCCUCCAAAGCGUUUGCAUCAUGACCUCUACAUUUCAGCCCUUGACGCCGGAUCCUUUCAAGAAGACGCUAGAGAGGAAGUUGAGCAUUUAAACAUAGCGGUUCCCACGUAUUUGGGGUCUGUGUGUUAACCCAGCUCAGAUAUUUUGAAAACUUGUUCUUUAAGCAGAAGUGAAAGCUCUGUGAUGAAGAGAGAGACCUGGGAUUUGGGAGAACUUUGUAGUCAUGUAACCUCAGUGCUUUGUGCCUCUCCAAACGUGGUUACUCUAAUAAAUGGAGCAAUGACCCAAAGAAAGGGAGCGCUGGUUUGAA